UCCUUCUUCCUCCUAAAACUAUGUCUGUUCAUCCGGAGGACUUGGAUCGGUUCUUCACGGUGUUUGACGGCUCUGCUCCGGAGGACGUGUCUCACGCCCGGCAGCUGUGGAGCUCCAUGUCCCUGCUGCCGCCGCUCGAGUCCCGGCUGCUGUCGGUUGAUAUCCGACAGAGGCUGCCGGUGUCCCAGCGCGGCCGCAGCGCGGCUGCAGGACCCCGGACCUCCACCGCCUCGGAGACGCUGAGCGUCCCGGCUCUCUGGCAGCGACGGGAGGAGAGGCAGCGGUACGAGGCCAUGGCCGAGCAGAGGAGGGAGAUCCUGGCUCUGCUGAGGAGGCAGAGGGAGCAGAGGAUCCAGAGGGAGCUGCUGUCUGAGCCAUUUAAACCGAAGGUGAAGCCCGGAGGAGGAAAAGAGCUGAAAGUGCACCAGAGUUCAGACUGUGAGGUGGACAUAGAGCUGGUGAAACAGCUGCAGUAGAACUGAAGAGCAACGAUCAAG